GGGCGCUGAGCGGGGCCGCUCCGCUGCCCGGGGCCCCCCGCGCCCCCAUGGACCCCGACGUGGAUUACGAGCGGCCCAACGUCGAGACCAUCAAGUGCGUCGUGGUUGGCGACAACGCCGUGGGCAAGACGCGGCUGAUCUGCGCCCGCGCCUGCAACGCCACGCUGAGCCAGUACCGGCUGCUGGCCACACACGUGCCCACCGUGUGGGCCAUCGACCAGUACCGCGUCUGCCAGGAGGUGCUGGAGCGCUCCCGGGAUGUGGUGGACGAGGUCAGCGUCUCCCUGCGCCUCUGGGACACCUUUGGGGACCACCAUAAGGACCGGCGCUUCGCCUAUGGCAGGUCGGACGUGGUGGUGCUCUGCUUCUCGCUGGCGAACCCCAACUCGCUGCGGCACGUGAAGAGCAUGUGGUACCCCGAGAUCAAGCACUUCUGCCCGCGCACCCCCAUCGUGCUGGUGGGCUGCCAGCUGGACCUGCGCUACGCCGACCUGGACGCCGUCAACCGCGCGCGCCGGCCGCUGGCCAAGCCCAUCAAGCCCUCGGACAUCCUGCCACCGGAGCGGGGCCACGAGGUGGCCCAGGAGCUGGGGGUGCCCUACUACGAGACCAGCGUGGUGGCCCAGUUCGGCGUCAAGGACGUGUUCGACAACGCCAUCCGCGCCGCGCUCGUGUCCCGCCGCCACCUGCAGUUCUGGAAGUCCCACCUGCGCAAGAUGCAGCGGCCGCUGCUGCAGGCGCCCUUCCUGCCCCCCAAGCCCCCCCCGCCCCUCAUCCAGGUGCCCGACGCCCCCCCGGGGCUGGGGGGGGGCCCGGCCGCGCUGUUCCAGGCCCCGCUCUGCGCCGACGUCGUCUUCCAGCUGCAGGGCGGCCACCGCGUCUUCGCCCACCGCGUCUACCUGGCCACCGCCUGCUCCCGCUUCUACGACCUCUUCACGCUGGAGGAGCCGCCCGGCCAGGGGGACGGGGACGGCCGUGACCUGUCCUCGUGGGGCCGCGGCUUCCUGAGCCUGCGCUGGGAGGCGGUGGCCGACCCGGUGGCGGGGCGGGAGCGGCGCAUGGCGGUGGUGGCAAUGGACCGGGGCGUGCGGCCGGAGCCGCUGCGCGCCGUGCUGGAGUACCUGUACACGGGCGAGCUGGAGAGGCCCCACGGGGACCUGAGGCAGGUGGGGGCCGUGGCUGAGCUGCUGGAGGUGUUCGACCUGCGCAUGAUGGUGGCCAACGAGCUCAACCAGGAGAGCUUCAUGAACCAGGAGAUCACCAAGGCCUUCCACGUGCGCCGCGCCAACCGCGUCAAGGAGUGCCUGGCCAAGGGGGUCUUUGCAGACGUGGUGUUCCUGGUGGAUGACGGCGCGGUGCCGGCGCACAAGCCACUGCUCAUCGCCGGCUGUGACUGGAUGAGGGCCAUGUUCCGGGGGGGCUUCCGCGAGAGCUACGCCAGCGAGGUGUCCCUGCCUGGCACCAACUGCGCCUGCCUCCGCGCCGUCCUCGACUUCCUCUACACCGGGGUCUUCACCCCCACGCCCGACCUGGACGCCAUGGAGCUGCUGAUCCUCACGGACCGGCUGUGCCUGCCGCGGCUGCAGGCGCUCACCGAGCAAUACGCCGUGGAUGAGCUGCUGCGAGCCUUCAUGCAGCGCGUGGAGAUCGACGAGCAGGUCAUCAUCUACCUGGAGAUGACGCAGUUCCACAACGCCCGGCAGCUGGCGGCGUGGUGCCUGCACUACAUCUGCACCAACUACAACCGCGUGUGCCGCCGCUUCCCCCGCGAGAUGAAGUUCAUGUCCCCAGAGAACCAGGCUCACUUCGAGCGGCACCGCUGGCCGCCGGUGUGGUACCUGAAGGAGGAGGAUCUGUACCUGCGCUCCAAGAAGGAGCGGGAGCGCGAGGAGCAGCUGCAGCGCAAGCAGCACCCCCGCAGCAAGUGGUGCUUCUGGAGACCCUCACCGCCCGUGUCCUGAGCGGGGGGGCUCGGGGAGGGCACCCCCGUGUGGGGCUGGGGGGCUCGGCAGGGCUGGCAGCCCCUGGGCUGAGCAGGGGGUUCAGCCCCGGGCUCCCCGUGCAG